AUGUCUUUCUUCAAGAAACUGGCCUCCGAUUUCGAGGGCCUGACCACCAAGGACAAGGAUCGUGCUGUAGAUCCAGGCCAGCAGUAUCCCGGCCAGGGUUACCCUCCUCAGGGCCAGUACCCUCCCCCUUCGCAGAGCCCCUACGGUGGACAGCCCUACGGCCAGCCCCCACCACAGCAGUACGGAGCCUACGGACAGCCGCCCCAGGGCUACGGACAGCCUCCAUACCAGCAGCCACCUCAGCAGUACGGCAGCCCGUCCCCUUACGGCGAGCGUCCCCCCGCGCCUCCCGCCACCAGCAGCUAUGCAUCUUCCGACCGCGCCCCCGUGCCCAGCCAGUGGGUUCCAGCCUGGUCUGAGCAGCACCAGCGGUGGUUCUUCGCCGAGACGACCGGUCGGUCCCUUUGGGACGCCCCCAUCCACAUCCCCUCUCAGCCUGCCUACGGCGACCAUGCUUCUGGCACCCGAGGUGUAGACUCUGGCUACGGUGGCGCUCCCGCGUAUGGCGCCGCCGGUGCUGCCGGUGCUGCCGGUGCCUACAGCUCACCUCCUCCCCAGGGCUACACCUCGCCUCCUCCACAGGGCUACGGCGCUCCCCCUGGCGCUCCUUAUGGCCAGGAGGGCUACCCGUCGGAGGAGAAGAAGAAGGACAACAGCACAAGGAACAUGAUGCUUGGUGCUGCAGGUGGUCUGGCCGUCGGUGCCGUCGGCGGCGCACUGAUUGCUGAUGCUCUCGACGACAGCGAUGAUGAGCACCGCUCAGCCCCACCUCCGGCGCAGAACUACGACCAGGGUGGUUACGGUGACCAGAGCUACGGAGAUCAGCCCCCUGCGGUCCUGCCCCCUACCGACAACGAUGGAGACAGCGUCUCCUCGAGCGAUCGUGAGGACGUGCAGGAAGCCCGUGCCGAUUAUGAGGACGCGCUUGCCGAGGCGCACGAGUCUGGUGACCGCAGUGACUGGGAAGAGGCUGAGGAGGCCCGGCAGGAGUACGAGGAGGAGUACGAGGAGGUCUAUGAGGACUAA